AAAAAUGAGAAAGAGAAAAGGAGCUGGUGGGCACAAUCGUCCGAUGCUUCUCAGCAAGAGCAGCCCUAUAAUAACAACAACAAAGCCAGAGGAUGAGCAAGAAAAACCAGUUCAUAAUAUUCAACCAUUGAUAAACACCAGAAGAUCCUUUUCUACUUUUCCACUGCAACUCACAGAUCCAUUUUCUUUCCUCUCUCAUUCAUUUUUAUCUCAUUCAGGGUUUAUCUGUUUAUGCAUAUAGACGGUAGUUGAAUUUCUAUUAUCAGGUUUCUAAAUUUGGGUUGUUGUUUCUUUUGCUGUUUGAGUCAUUUUUUGUCGGUGGAAUUGAUGAGUAAUCAUUGGAUGAAGAGAAGGCCGUGAGAAAAUCUUUGACUGUUUCAUGGGCAACACAUGCCGCGGAUCUUUCAAAGGGAAACUUUAUCAGGGCUUCACUCAGCCCGAGGAACCAUCUACUGCUUCCCAUACCAAGCGCAAUCCUUCCUCUGACAAUUCCAAUUCUGAACAUUCUCCUUCUGCUCAAGAAUUUUCCAAGGAUAAUCCCAAAAAGGACAACAAUUUACCUCUCCUUAGCCCACAUAAAAGAGAUUCAAUUAUGAGGCGUAGUGUUGAAACUCAGUCUUAUUAUGUUUUGGGUCAUAAAACUGCAAACAUUCGUGAUCUUUUCACCUUAGGCCGUAAAUUAGGACAAGGACAAUUUGGGACUACUUAUUUAUGCAUUGAGAAUUCCACAGGAAUUGAAUAUGCCUGUAAGUCUAUAUCCAAGAGGAAGUUGAUUUCCAAGGAGGAUGUUGAGGAUGUUCGUAGGGAGAUUCAGAUAAUGCACCAUUUGGCUGGUCACAAGAAUAUUGUAACUAUUAAAGGUGCCUAUGAGGAUCCAUUGUACGUUCAUAUUGUUAUGGAGCUUUGCUCCGGCGGAGAGUUGUUUGAUAGAAUCAUUCAGAGGGGCCAUUAUAGUGAGAGGAAAGCAGCUGAAUUGACCAAGAUUAUUGUAGGAGUUGUCGAGGCAUGUCAUUCACUUGGUGUUAUGCACAGAGAUCUAAAGCCUGAGAAUUUCUUGUUGGUGAACAAGGAUGAUGAUUUCUCACUUAAAGCCAUUGAUUUUGGACUUUCUGUAUUCUUUAAACCAGGUCAAAUUUUCACUGAUGUGGUCGGAAGCCCAUAUUAUGUUGCUCCUGAGGUACUCCUCAAGCAUUAUGGGCCAGAAGCAGAUGUAUGGACUGCUGGGGUCAUAUUGUAUAUAUUGCUAAGUGGAGUACCACCAUUUUGGGCAGAAACACAGCAAGGAAUAUUUGAUGCAGUGCUGAAGGGAUAUAUUGACUUUGAGUCUGACCCUUGGCCCCUUAUAUCAGAUAGUGCUAAAGAUCUCAUCCGGAAGAUGCUUUGCUCUCAACCUUCACAACGCUUGACCGCUCAUGAAGUGCUAUGCCACCCUUGGAUUUGUGAAAAUGGAGUUGCUCCUGAUAGAGCACUGGACCCAGCUGUACUUUCUCGUCUCAAACAAUUCUCUGCAAUGAAUAAAUUGAAGAAGAUGGCUUUACGGGUAAUAGCUGAGAGCCUUUCUGAGGAGGAGAUUGCUGGUUUGCGAGAGAUGUUCACGGCGAUGGAUACUGAUAACAGUGGUGCAAUCACAUUCGAUGAACUAAAAGCUGGCUUGAGAAGAUAUGGCUCCACUAUGAAAGAUACAGAAAUACGUGAGCUUAUGGAUGCGGCUGAUGUAGACAACAGCGGGACUAUUGACUAUGGAGAAUUUAUCGCUGCAACGGUUCAUCUUAACAAAUUAGAACGAGAGGAGCAUCUUGUGGCAGCAUUCCAAUACUUUGAUAAGGAUGGAAGUGGUUACAUCACAGUUGAUGAACUUCAGCAAGCAUGUGCAGAACAUAACAUGACUGAUGUUUUACUUGAAGAUAUAAUCAGAGAAGUUGAUCAAGAUAAUGAUGGAAGAAUUGAUUAUGGUGAAUUUGUCGCCAUGAUGCAAAAGGGAAAUGCUGGGAUUGGUAGACGAACUAUGCGAAACAGUCUGAAUAUGAGCAUGAGAGACGCGCCUGGCGCUUAUUAGCUUGUAAUUACACACCACAUACAGGCUAUACAGCAAAGCUGGAAGAGGAGGGUAACUGUAUGACGAGCCUUGAGAAGCGAUUUUGUUUCCUUCCUCCAGGCGCAAGAUUUGGGUUCCAGAUGUUAUGUGCUGAAGCAUUUAUUCAGAUAUGCAUUUUGUUAUUGCAGUAUGACUGAGGACAAAUUAUUCUAAGCUUUGUAAAACUUUUCAAGUGUGAGGGGUUCAGCUGUUCCAAGUUGCCAAUUUAUUUUGAUGGUGUUUUUGUUCUGAGGCUUCUUAAGAUUGGUAUUGGAGACAAUCUUUAGUUCAUUUUUUGGCUAAAGAACCAUGUAGGAUGUGAAGAGCCUUGACCAUAUGCUAAUGCUUGGGUUUGGCAAACAUUCUAGGGUUUGCCUAGUCUAAGGAUCUUACAGUUGCGAUUGAUGAAUUCUAAAUUCACUGUAUAUUAUUUCAA